AUGCGACCAGAGUCGUCGGCGGAUUUCGGUCGCAGGACGCCCAAGAGCCGUAAGGUCGAACCGUCCUCUCCGCUGACAAUCAACCAUGUGACGCCCAACCGGACUUCUGGACUUUACGAUUCCAACUCGGUACAAGAUCGUAUCCGCCAAUGGCAGGUACAAGGUGCAGCAAAUGCGCCGGCUCCAGAUGCUGUGAGUGUCCGGUCGAUACCAUUCUCGGAAUGUCCCUCCACAGUCUCAAGACCAAAGUCGGAGUAUGGAGACGAGAACGCCGUCCGGACCGAGGGUCGCACGAGACACAAAGAAGACCAGGAACGAGAUACGGCCAGAAGUCGGAGUGCCCCGAGAAAGCGCAUCAUUAGUGACGGCCAUUGGAAGGCGAAGAAGGAAACAAAGGACCAGAAGGAUGCGAGGCCUCCUGUCCCGAAAGUGCGCCCCGGCUCGACCCAUUACGACCUGUCGUACACCUCAAAUCAAGAGAGGCGAAAUGGGCGCCGGAGAUCGGAUCGACAACAGAAUUAUAUGGCCAAACAAGAGGCGGAGGACAAAUCUAUCUUCGACGAUGGCAUCAGAGUGGUCGCCGUUGAGGACGGCCGAAACAGCAUACAUCCACUGUCCGAGAUGGAUAGCCAGUUGGAUGAAGACCUCGCCCAGAGGUUGGCCGGGGUCUCCAUGGCUCGCGAGGAGAUGGACACCUUCUCACAAACUUCCAUCCAGCCAGACGAGACUGCCGGGAUCACCCGGAGGACGAGUAAAUACGCCGAGAUGCUGAGUCGCGCUGCCGCAUCGCCCGCAGACAUGGAUGCUCCCAGGUCGAGAAAACCCGGUCUCUUUGGGAGAACAAAGGACAUAUUUGGAAAAUCAGAUCCGACGCCUUCGCUCGAUAAGAGGUUACCGAGUAUCGAAGCUUGGUUAGAGGAGCAGCCGGAUCCUUUUGUUGAUGGGGAGGCUGCAGGCGACGUCCCGGCAGUAGAAGUACCACGUCCUCUGAGAAGACGCACCGAGCGCAAGCGCCGCUCAACUGAGAAACCAUCCCUGAUCGAUCCAAAUAAAAUAUGGGAUUCUGUUCAGCUGACGGAGGAGGCUGUUGCACCCGUGCCGACGAGCAGACGGAGACACAGGUCAAGUAAAGGUGGUCCAGACGCGAACGGCGACCCGGAAGCCGCCGUUUCGCCGCCGCAUGAAAAAAGUGACCGUCAUCAGGAUGCUGAAGGGUCGCCGUCACCAUUACGACGAAGAGGCGCAAGACACCGUCGUCAAAGGAGUUCGCCCAUGAAGGAAUUAUCGCCUCAGAUUGAAUUGGCGGACCAGAAAGAGGCCUUGGUGACCGAGGGAGACGUGGUUUCGAACAGAGAGCCAAGCAGGACAUACUCUCCACAGCGGGCAUACUCGCCUCCUCCGGAGCAGGUACUGCCAUCGACUGCUUCCCGGGACGUGUCCACCAAUAACAUGGUUAAGCCAGACUCGGAUGCCAUCAUGGGCGAGUUAAUGGUGGCGGAGAACAAUUGUGGCCUCACGCGCAAACUCACGACACAUGAAGAUCUCAUGACUGUGCUCUCACAACCGCGGACAGGGAGGAGCCGGCGCUCAGCCCGUACUAGGAGUAAAAGAAAUGUCCAGGAGACUGGCAACUCGACAUCCGUACAGGAGAUACUGGAGGUAUUCAGGAAAGAAGAAGAGAAGUAUAUGCGAGAGCUACGAACUCUGGUGGACGGUGUUAUACCAGUAUUGUUGCAAGCGGUGCUUUCAAAGACAGAUUCUGCGGCUGCGGCAGGGCUUUUCACGUCUUCCAGUACAGGUUCAGACCAGGCGAGCUUCACCAAACCCAUUAUUGAGAUGGGUAUCUCGCUGGAGCGGCUGAAGACAUUGCACAGCCGCGCCCCUGGUCAGGAAGCGGAUGCUCUCAUCAGCUGGGCAUCUACAGCACACAGAGCUUACAAGGAUUACAUUCAAUCAUGGAGACUUGGGUUUCAGGACAUUGUCAUCAACCUCGCUCCACUAGAGGGUUCCAAGACCACACCAAAAGACGAAGUCAUGUCUCGUGAUGAAUCCGGCGAUCUGGUCGACACGGAGGGAAAGAAGGUGGAUGUGGCAUAUCUUUUGAAAAGACCUUUGGUAAGAGUCAAAGCUCUCAGUCGAACCUUCACCCGGCUUGACCAAGAAUGCUCCAAAGCCCUCGCAAAACGUUCGGCCGACUUGUUUGCCGACCUUACCACAAUGGCGAAGCGGCGAAAUCAAGAAGAACAGGCACGCUUGGAGGACGAGGCUGCUGCCAACAUCGAUGCCAUGAGAGUCCGGGACAUCCGAACGAUGGCUGCCAUCACGGGAGUUGUGGUUGACAAAUCUCGUCGUGUCAAAGCCAGGGACUUUUUCAAUCUCACAUUCUAUCACUCCACUGGACAAAGAAUGGAUUGUGGCGUCGAACUGAUCUUCCGAGAUAACGCUCGAGGCGAACCUACAGGCGGCGAUGUGCUCAUCUGCGAGGUCGACAGCACCGGAAAGUGGCUCCUCUUUGCACCAGUCGAGCUGAAUUCCAUAUCGGCAAGACGAGGCGAGGACGGCUUCGAUCUUGUGGUCAUGAUACGUGGAAGAGCAGGAUUAGGUCAAGAAUGGCGUGAACUGCUGGCACUGAAGACCGAAGAUGCGCAGGCAGUGACCGAAUGGAUAAACAUGCUUGGCUCGAACCCUCUUCCACCUCGACUCAAUCGAACCUCCAGCUUUGCAAAACGUAAACCAGUCCCGGAGAAUGAGUUACCAAACACAACUGAGCCACCAAAGCAAGAAAGCCUUCAAAGCUAUUCGACAGACCACGCCGCAGUCAGCCCCGAGCCACUGGAUGUACCACUGGGAGAGCCAUCUGUGAUUGCAACUCGUACCAAUGUGAGCCACCGCUCUGACCAAAAGAACCCUCUGCUGGAUAAACCGUUGCCUCGUCUGAAUUUGGGAGGUGGACUGGCGUCCCAGCCAUUGCCGCCGCUUCACACCAGUACGCCGACUGUGGAUACAAGACAUACUCCUUCUUUGGUAUCCUCGGAUGCUUCUACCGUUUCAGACCCGUCCGUAAAGGCAAGUCUUGCAGCAUUAUCGUCACCGCCAAAAUCCGUCUCGUCGAAUCUUGAGCCCACGAAGCAGUCGAGAAACGCACCUGUUCGUCCGCCCAUUUCUGAGCCACUAUUCCCACACACCCCUCCGAAAGAGAAAAUACCCACCCAACGCAAUGACGAUGAUCAGUCGCCCAGGCCUAGAGGACUAAGGAAGGAUACCCCUGAGAAAAGGCCUUCGGUCACCACAGCAGACGUACGGCCUUCCUCGAUGCCGCUCGUCGAACCACGGUCCCAAGCAUCACAAAUCCACACGUACUAUACUGGUGGUUCUUCAGAAGUCUCGAAUUCUAGCACACCAGCUGCGACCGCUCCGAGACCCGGCUACCAGCGAGCGUUAUCAUCGACACCUUCUAAAGACCUUCCUACAGUCUCCAAAGUCCGGCAUCAGCAGCAUCAACCUCCAAGUGUGCCUACUCAUGCUUCCCAGCCCAGAACCCCGGAGAAAUCAACGCCCGGAAAUGAACAAGCGAAGCAGGAUAUCAAUAGCCCUGUAGAGAACCAGAUAUUCACGGAUGAAACUCGGACAUCACGGUCUGACAACAUGCGUCGAAAGGGAUCACAGGAUGUCGAUUCUCCUUCCAGCACCCCGACUUCGUCGGUGCUGCAGCCGAGACCGAACGGUUCAAGGGCGGUGCCUGGCUCGCCAGAGAAGAGUUCGAAGCGCAGGACGUCGUCCCCGUUGAAGCACGAGUACGCCCCCUCGACAACCUCUGAUAGCGCAUCCGACUAUGACACAGAGAGUGUGAGCGAUUCGUCUUCUGACACCUCGGAUGCGUUGAUGUCUGAGUUCGGCGACAAGCCAACCCCACUAGUGGCCAUCACGGCCGGUGGGCGACGUACGUCGAAGCCAACCCAGGUUCGAACGUCGACGUCGAUCCCAUCAACAGGGACAAGAACGUUGGCGCCGUCGGACUCAGCAUCACAAGGGCCCUAUCGAAGGGUACCUUCCUCGGCUGCAGUGCCAGGGCAUCGGAAGGGUAGGACGAUUGCUCUGAUAUGCUCCUGGUCCGACAAAGGCAUGUGGGAGCAAGUUCAUCCGGACGAGUGUUCGAUCGUCGUCUCCCCAGGCCUGAUCGAGGCGUUUGAAAUGUCGGCAGCCCAUUCCGACCCGCGGGUGGCCGCUGCCGAUGGACCAGAUUCACGAAACUCUUCAUUGACCGACCAGCCACUGGUAGCCUUUGAGCUGACACCGAUUGUGGCGCUUCGAAGAGGGACGGCCAUAGAUAUUUCCAUCAGGUCGCCUCCGACACCAAACUCACGGAUCAAGACGACAAGCAUUGUGAUGUUUCGCUCCCGAAAUCCCGAGGAAUGUGAGGCAUUGUACGGGAUGAUCAACUGGGCGCGAUGCAACAAUCCGACGUACAUCCAACUGCAGAACGCCCGCCCACGAAGACAACCAUCAGUGACCUUCAAUGUGGGUCAAGACAAUCACAGCCGUGGAAGGUCAAGCUCAUGGUUCAACUUUGGCAGCCGACAAAAGUCGAGCUAUCGCGCGUCUUCUGCUCCCACGCCGGCAUCUAUUGACUUUUCGGUGGAAAGUUCGGGAACAAUGGCCAGUGCAUUUUCAGCGUUGAAGCGGUUUGGCGCCAGUUCGGCGUUCAAUCUGAAUCGGUCGUCGGUCAUUCGAAGAGAUGGCGGCGGCGGAGGAGGCACUGGUGGUUCUUCGUUGUACUCGUCAAGCAGUGGGACCGGCACAGGAUCGAGUUCGAGCACACCAGCCCCGAGUCAAUUGGGCUUUGUGCCCGGCAAAGAUGGGCCUAAUGUUCCCUUGACAAGUGCAGCGGCGGCAAAUGGAGGAGGAAUGGUCAACAACAUGAAGAUCCGGCUGUAUGUCCGCAAGGGACAACAUUGGGAAAACCUGGGCGCCGCACGGUUAAGUGUGUUGCCGCCUACGGCUGCUGUCACUGCUACUGCCACUGCUACCGCCGAAAGUAGUCGUCAACCUACUCCUACUCAGGCGACUCAAACCAUGGGAGGGGAUUUAUCAGCAGCCUCGUCGCCCCCAAUCACGCCCACACAUAGUCGAACGCCGUCCAAUGUCACUGGCACGCCGGUAAUCCUAGGUCAACCAGGUGGUCAAGGCGCUCGAGGCCCCCGACUCCCCAGCUCCAGCCAUACUCCGCACCGUGUCCAUGGCAACGGAUUAGAAAAGAGACUGCUCAUCACGCGCAACAAGGAUCCCGGUAUUGUGCUGCUCGAUGCCGUUUUGGGAGAAAGUUGUUUCGAACGUAUCAUGCAGACGGGGAUUGCGGUCAAAGUGUGGAAUGAGGAUGAGCAGAUUGGACAUACCGGCGGCGUCACCAUGGGUCGCGAAACGGUGUAUAUGUUGCAAUUCCCGGGUACGAAGGAGGCACAGUGGGUGUUUCAACUGUGCGGAUCGUAUAGAUAUGCGGUUGGGGCAGGUGUUUGA